AUGACCGACACAAUAGACGUUUCUGUCCAAGAGACAGAAGUCAAAAUAGACUUAAAAAAGGAUGAGAGAUUUCACAUGUAUCCUAAAGACAGAAUAUACGCCUUGGUAGUGACCAGUGCUAUAGUCGGGGCAGGGGUUGGCUUUUACGAUGGAAUAAAACUUGCAUCAUUACGAUAUUUAAUUGAAAACGGACACAGACUACCAACUACCGUUGGUGGUUGGUACUUUUACCACAAGAAGAAAAACUACGUUAUGUUGGUUUCGGGAGUUAAAAGUGGUGCAUAUCUGAGUUUGAAAUAUUCUGCCGUUAUUGGAUGUUUCUUUGGAUUGGAAUACCUUCUCGAUUGGUCAAGAAACAGCAUCGAUUUUAUAAAUACUACAUGUGCGGCAGCUGUACUAACUUCAACAUAUGUUGCUACUCACCAAUUAAGUGCAAGACAGCUGAAGAAGCUUAUAUUCAGAGGUACUGCCAUGGGUCUUGGUCUUGGAUUAAUGCAAGAUUUCUUAAUAUCACAAAGGCGAGGAAGAAUAUGGUAUUUGGAAAAACUAGGAUUCAACAGCCAACCUAAACUACAAGCAUAA